ACGGACUACAGGACUACAGGUGGUGGUGACUGGGCGACAUCCUAGUCGCAGCUCAGCCCAGCUUAGGCGCAUCCUUCAGACGCGGGUCAAGCGCCGGGACAGCAGGUCUUUUGUGCGGUCUGACUGCAUAGCACAUACCUGACCUGACCUGACCUACCGUACCUCAGGUACCUACCUACCUGACCUACCUACCGACCGACUGGAGGUAGUCGUCGACCUGAUCGCGUUGCCAAACUGGUCGCGCACACCCUUCUAUUCCUAGCUACCUGCCUGCGACACACCCACAGCUUCCCAGCGCGCCAGCCGACCAGGGCCACACACCAUGGACGUCCGUGGUCGAUCACCCUCGAUGGGCCAGACGAACCACCAUAUAAGGCACUCGACGUCGGCUUCGCCUCAUCCGUCUCCUCUGGAUAAUCGCACCUCCUCCUCCUCCUCCUUCUUCGACGCAUCCAAUUUGGGUACUGCCUCGCCCCCGACCGACCACAGCACCACCUCAUACGCGACCGGCCUGAACGCCGCCUUCACUACCGAUCCCACCUUCACCACCGACUUCUCCUCGCACGCGCACUUGGGCCUGGAGCCAUCCUACCAUCCUGGCUUCUCCGACCAGUCGCAACCGCAGACUCGCGCGAACAACGUGUCAAACCAUACCUUCCUGCAGGCGCAGGGCCUCCACGAUACCAACGGCACCACAACCAACACUACCAGCACCAGCACCAGCAACGCUUUCCCCGCCUUCGAUACCACCACCUUCGACUCCAGCCUCGAUCCAAACGUGCUCGACAGCUUUGAUCCCUCCCAACUCGACUUGGUCGCCAACCCGACCACGCAGAGUCUAGACCCCAUGGCGGCCAUGGCACAGUCGCACUCGCCCACUCCACCGCACCUCUUCGCCGACCAAGUAGUGGGUCGGCCGUCUGCUAGUCCCAGUCCGCAUGCGUCGCCAAGCUUUCAGCACGCCAGCUAUGUGCAAAUGAACCGGCCAAGAAUCAACUCCGAGUCUCUGGACCCGUCCAGUGCUCGAUACCCACAAAAUGGAAGCAAUGAAUGGCAGCAUAUCGGCGCAUAUCGCUCGCAUCAGCGGACGCCUUCGGACAACUAUUCAGACAUCUCCUCCAACCAUGGCGCAUCUCCCAAUAUGCCCACGCUGGAGUCGUUCGAAAAUUCUUCGCCACUGCUCAACCCAUCGGCCCAAGAUGCCUCAUUUGGGAACGGUUUGGGCUUUGAGAACUUCAAUCUCAAUGAGCAGCAACACUUUUACAGUCCUGGACACAGCCCCGGCCACUCGCCGCAUCUCAUACCACAGUCGCAGCAGAUGCUGCCACCUUUCACGGCAGAUAACAAUUUCGGACUCAAUGCCACCAUGAAUGGCCAUUUUAAUGCUCAGCAGACUGGGGCAAUGGAUAUGUUCCCUGGGUUGGGACAGGAAUCAUUGCCUGCAGUGCACAGUGAAGACCAAAGUCCGGGGAUGGCUGACCAUAUGAGCCCUCCAGAGAUCAAUAUCGACUUUGCGCCACCUUCGAGGGUACCAACAGAGAACAUAGGCGUCGAAAAGUCUGCCGAUGCACUGAGCCCUCCCAUUCGAACAAAUCGUGUUCGUGCCAAAUCAGAUUCACACGCCGGCUCGAGAUCAGCGUCGCCCGCAUUGCUAGGAAGGGGUAGGUCGCCUUCUGCAGGUUCCGGCGAAAGCCUUCUCGCAGUGGAUGGCUCCCGCAACAGUUCGCGCUCAUCAUCUCCUGGUCGAGGUCGCAGUGGAUCGCAAGGACGUGCUCGUAGCUCCAGCCAUGCGUCCGAUCAGCGCGACUACAUUCUUGAUCUCGCAGAUCCGGCACGGUCUCCUAGUGCCGGCGGCGAUAGUAAACGUGUCCAGAAGCACCCGGCGACGUUCCAGUGCACUCUAUGUCCGAAACGUUUUACACGAGCCUAUAACCUGCGAUCACAUCUACGAACACACACGGAUGAAAGGCCCUUUGUGUGCACGGUCUGUGGCAAGGCGUUUGCGCGUCAACAUGAUCGGAAACGACACGAGGGCUUGCAUUCAGGCGAAAAGAAGUUUGUUUGCAAGGGCACACUUCAGGGUGGAUCGCAUUGGGGGUGCGGAAGACGCUUCGCACGUGCGGAUGCUCUUGGUAGGCACUUUCGUUCCGAGGCGGGCCGAGUAUGCAUUAAACCUUUGCUGGACGAAGAAGCCGCAGACCGGCAAAGAGCCUUCAUGGAAGCGCAGCAGCAGGCCAAUAUGGCUGCGGGCCUGGUCGCACCUCAGCCCGUCAUGGCUCAGCCAGAAAUCAGCCUCGGCAGCUUCCUUCCGCAAGCACUUCUCGCGCAGUAUCCCGCCCUGGCCGGCUUGGACUGGAGUAGUAUACCACAAGGCGCACCACCGGACGAAGAAGCAUAUAGCGGACGCAGCUCGUUCGAUGCGUCGGGGAGUGGCUACGAAGAUUACUCGGAGAACGAGCAACCCCAUUUUGGUCAACCACAGCAGGACCAAAGCAUGACGGGAAUGAAUAACAUGAACCCGAUCAACAUGAUGGGCAUGAUGGGUGGCAUGCAGCAGCAGCAACACCCGCAACCACAGUUCAGUGGCUAUAGCGGGAAUGCUGCUGGUGACUAUUUAUCGGAUUUUGAGGGAAGGUAGCACACACCUCGAGCCGCAUACCAGCAUAUACUGUCUGAGCGAGGCGGUUAGUAGUUGGGCAUUCUCUGACUUGUUUUCUUUUCCCGAUUUCGCGCAUCGAUACUAAAUGCUCUCAGUACAGGUACUGAGCGAGCUAGGAUACACGGAAGUUUGAGACAUCAACGAUACCCAUA